AUGCUCUUAACAAUACUAUUAUUCUCCAUCCAACUAACUAAAUUAACUGCAGUAAUUCCAUAUGAUGGAAUUAUUCAUCGUUCAACUGAUGGAAGUUCUUAUGCGUUUCUAUCUCCACCUACACCGACGUUCAAUCAUGCAGCAUCUAUUGAACAACUAACACCAAGUGGUACUUUAGCUAUUGCCUGGUUUACUGAUGGUGAAGCAUCACCUAAUUGCUCAAUUGCAGUAUCACUUUUAGAAUAUGGAUCACAACAGUUUACUCCAGGUGUUAUUAUUACUGAUCGUGUUAAUUAUACUAAUCUAAAUCCAGUUCUUUUCUGGGAUAAUGACACGCAGAUAUUACACUUAUACCAUUCAUCACAAUUGAAUGGUAAAGGUGAAGCAACUUCACAAAUAUGGCAUACACAAAGUAAAGAUCGAGGUGUAACAUGGUCAAUUGCUACACCUUUCUAUACCGUACCAGGUGCGUUUGCUCGUAAUCGAAUUAUUCCUACAUUAAAUAAGUUAGGAUUCAUUUUUCCAUGUUAUAACUCUUCACCGGAUAUUGACUAUCCAUUUAUCCUUCGAUUAUCAUCAUCAACAUCUAAUUUGACACGUAUUGAAAUGAAAGAUACUGAUAAUCUUAUUCAACCAACAGUCAUUCGUUUAAAUAAUUCUGCACGAUUACGAACAUUCCUUCGUGACGAACACGGUGAAUGGAUCUAUUAUCUUGAUAGUAAUGAUGAUGGAUUAACUUGGACAACACCAAAAGCAACAUCUUUACCUAAUAAUAAUGCUGGAAUCGAAGCACAUACAUUAAAAAGUGGAGCGAUAAUAAUGGCAUUCAAUAAUCGUAAUGGUUUACACAAACCAAGAACACCAUUAACAGUUGCACUUUCUUAUGAUAAUGGAAUGACAUGGCCAUACCUUAGAGAUGUUCAAAUUCAUGACGAUGAUAAUAGUACAUCUAUUGGAGAAUAUUCAUAUCCAUCAGUAUUACAAAGUUUUUGGAGUGGAACUGAUGAUAAUGAUAUUCAUUUGGCAUACUCAUAUAAGAGACAAACAAUUAAAUAUGUUAGAUUUAAUGAAAAAUGGAUUAAACAAGGAUAA